AUGACUACUAAAUCGUGUCACUCGCCAUACACCCCUGCGACGAGAACUGCUCACGCAGCCAGUUACGUAGAUUUAGAUGGCAUCGAGUUUAAUGGAUGUAAUCUCCAUGUAAUGUAUGAUUUUUUAGGAUUCAAUGUCGAGACUGUAGACUAUCGCAACUUGUCCUUCGCAGUGUGGGACGCUGGUGGCCAGCAAAAGAUUCGGCCAUUGUGGAAGUAUUAUCUGAAUAGUAGUAAGGUAAUUUUCACAUUAGUUCCUCUCAAUGUCUGA